AUGUUGAGUUGGAACUGUCGUGGUCUGGGGCCUACACAAAAUAUUCAGUUCCUUAAAGAGCUUGUUGCUCAAAAAAUGCCUAAGGUAAUUUUCUUGUGUGAAACUUUAUGUAACAAGGAGAAAACUGAAUUUUUAUGUAGAAGUUUGGAGUAUGAGGGUUGUUUUGUUGUUGAAGCUACUGGUAGGAGUGGGGGACUUGCGCUUUUUUGGAAGAAUGAAGAUGAGGUUACUAUUGAUUCUUUCUCUACCAAUCACAUUGAUAGUUUGGUUCACUUUGAAGGAUAUGGAAAGUUUCAUUUUACUGGUUUAUAUGGAGAGCCUAACCAUAGCCUAAGGAGGAAUACUUGGCAGCUUUUACGGACCUUGUUUGCCCGGUCAAAAGAGGCAUGGUGUAUCAUGGGGGACUUUAAUAAUGUUCUCCAUCAUAGUGAAAAGAUUGGGGGCAAACCAUAUCCAACUUGGCUUAUUGAAGGUUUUCAGGAGGUGACUCAACAAUGUGGAUUAAUUGACCUUGACUUGAAUGGACAUCCAUAUACUUGGGAAAAGAGUAGAGAUACUCCCCAAUGGAUUGAGGCAAAGCUUGAUCGUACAAUGGUUAAUCAUGAUUGGUUAUUAAAGUUUCCUAACGCCAAGUUAUUCAACAUGGAGGUUUCUCCUUCUGAUCAUAGUCCUUUAUUUUUGGAUAUGGAAAAUCGGAUAGCUGUUGAAAGGGUGAGACACUUUCGAUUUGAAAACUGCUGGGUUAGAUUUGAAGAGCGUGAGGCUAUUAUUUAUAACUGCUGGAGCAAUUCUAAUGGUCUUCAUAUGCACCAAAAUAUUCAAUUGUGCGGGCAGGCACUUCAAGAGUGGGGCACCCAUGUCUCAGGUAACUUCUCAGCUCGAAUUAAGAGCUGCAAAAGGGAGUUGUGGCAGCUGAAGAGCCGUCAGGAUGCUGAAGGAAAGCAGCAGUAUGUUGAUACUAAACAACAGCUUUUUGAAAUUUUGAACCAGAGAGAGAUGUUUUGGAGAUUCUUUCAGACUGAGGAGAUGCCUGAGGGACUUAAUGCCACUAACAUUGUCUUGAUUCCUAAAAAGAAGAAGCCAGAUCAAAUGAGUGAGUUAAGACCGAUAUCUCUUUGUAAUGUGGUGGCGAAAGUUAUCACAAAGGUGCUUUCGAAUCGGAUGAAGAGUUUCUUGGGCGAUGUUAUUUCUGAGAACCAAAGUGCAUUUAUUCCUGGAAGACUAAUCGCAGAUAAUUUCACGAUCUCUUUUGAAAUUCUUCAUUAUCUUAAGAGAAAGCAAAGUGGGAAGGAUGGGUUUAUGGCGUUGAAGCUUGAUCUUAGUAAAGCUUAUGAUCGGGUUGAUUGGCAUUUUCUUUGUGCUAUGUUAUCUCGGUUGGGGUUUGAUGACAAAUGGGUUCGGCUUAUCUUUGGCUUCCUCUCUUCGGUUCAGUAUAAUGUGGUGAGUAGUGGGUAUACGCUUGGGCCAAUCACUCCUAGUAGAGGUCUUAGACAAGGUGAUCCAAUCUCGCCUUAUCUCUUUCUUAUUUGUGCUGAAGGUUUAUCGGCUCUAAUCAAAAGUUUUGAGGCUAGAAAAUUAAUUCAUGGGUGUAAAGUGGCGAAUGGUGCUCCUAUUGUGUCUCACAUGCUAUUUGCGGAUGAUAGCUUCUUGUAUUGUAAGGCCACGGAACGUGAAGUAGCAAAUAUUCAGCAUAUGCUUGAUGUUUUUGCUAAAGCAUCGGGUCAACAAGUCAAUUUUGCUAAGUCAUCAGUUUUCUUUAGUUCCAAUACGUCGAGUCACAUGUGGCAAACCAUUUGUAAUAGAAUGGGGAUUCGAGAGGCUGAUGAGAAGAGCAAGUAUCUGGGUCUUCCUAGUACUAUUGGAAGAAAUAAAAUUGCUGCCUUUAGUUAUGUGGUGGAUAAAGUCCAUAAGAGGGUUCAAACUUGGGACAACAAGUUCUUGUCGAAGGCUGGAAAGGAAGUGCUUAUUAAAUCUGUGGUUCAAGCUCUCCCUGCCUAUACCUUGAAUGUGUUCCUUCUUCCCGUCAGUAUCUGUGAUGAUGUGGAGAGAGCCAUAAGUAAGUUUUGGUGGAAAAGUAACAAGAACAAAGGCAUCCAUUGGCUGGUGGGAGAUGGCUCACGGGUUAGCAUUCUUAAGGAUCCAUGGCUUAAGGAUGAUGUUAAUCCUUUCAAUGUAUCUUCUCACCCGAGCCUAACCAACAAAAUGGUCAAUUCAUUGAUGGAAGUAGACAAGAUUGAGUGGGAUAAUGAGAUUAUCUUGGACAUGUUCAAUGAUAGAGACCAAAGGUUGAUCUGGCAAAUUCCUUUGUCUGCUAUGUCUACGGAUGAUAGCUGGUAUUGGGCCAAAGAAAAUAAUGGUUUUUUCUCUGUAAAAAGUGCCUACAGAUUGCAACAGAAAACUUUUUCUAGGCCUGGUACUAACUCUCCUGCUAAUCUUUGGAAGAGGCUGUGGAAUCUUAAACUUCCCCCAAAGACGAAGGUGCCUGCUGUUGCACCUGCUGCAAUGCUAUUCACGAGCUGGUUUGAGGCAGGAUUGAUCUCUUGGAGGGAAGAAGAGAGUGUUGAAGAAGCCAUGGUUCUUUGGUCUAUUUGGAAUACUAGAAAUGAUGUGGUAUGGAAUGCUAAAAUUCCUAUGAUGGAGGAGGUAACUCAGCUUGCUAAAAUUACCUAUGUGGACUGGUUUAAUGCACAAAAAGCUGCUGCAGACACUCCCAAAGAUUACCAUGAGCCUCGGUCUGAUAAAUGGAAGGCCCCGGAGUUUCCUAUCAUCAAAGCCAAAACAGUGUGCAAGUUGGGCGCACUUCAGCCACAUGAAGUUGAAGCAAUGGGAAUGAAGGAGGCUUUGAGUUGGAUUAAAGCUAAUGAUUGGCAAGAUGUGAUUGUUGAGUCAGACUAUCUACAAGUUAUUUCAGAUUUAAAUUGUAAUAAAAAUAUGGCUUCUCCUUAUGGCCAUAUUAUUUCUGAUUGUAAGGUGUUGUUUGCCGAAAUUGAUAAUGUUUCGUUAUGUUUUGUUAAGCGAUCUGCUAAUAGGGUGGCGCAUUGUCUGGCGCGAUCCUCUCUUGGCGAGGCUGAUCGUAUUUUCAGUAGCUACUCUUUACCUACUGUUAUUGCUUCCCUAGUUCGUAUACUGCCAUUAGUUAUAGGCACUUAUUGUGAAGGAAAGGGUAAAUAUCAAGUGAAGAUUGUUCAAUCAACUGAUCUGUUUGAAGACAUAAUUGGGAAAAAGGUUAUUGAGAUUUUAUGGUUUUUUCCUGGUGUUUCAAUGAUUCUGGUAUUGAUUUGUCUGUCCUCAACCAUGAAGGAGAGGUGA